AUGGCUUCUGGCAUUGCAUACACCCCGAAGCCUGCAACUGACAUUUUCACGCCCUAUCAGACUGAUAUCAAUCGUCGAGAAUGCAAGCGGACUGUACCUAUGAGAGUUCUGGCACUUGGUCUUGGGCGAACAGGUACCGCUUCGUUGAGAACGGCGCUGGAAGAGUUGGGUUAUACGGGCACGUAUCACAUGAUGUCCGCCAGCGUUGAGAACCCCCCAGAUUGUCUUUGCUGGAUGGAUGCUUUCGCCGCCAAGUACGAAGGGAAGGGAAAGUUUGGCCGUGAGGAGUGGGAUGCCCUGCUCGGGCAUUGUCAGGCGGUCUGCGAUUGGCCAGCAGUUGCAUUCGCCAAAGAGCUGAUUGAAGCCUAUCCAGAAGCGAAGAUUAUCAUUACUACGCGAGACGUCGAUUCGUGGCACAACUCAGUUAUGAAGACUGUGAAUUGGCGCGCGCAGGACCCGGAGCUCAAGGCCAUUGCCAAUUUCGACUGGGCAGCAGGUUUAUACCAUCCAAUGCUGCGGCAAUUUUGGAAGUAUUUCUUCUACGAUGAUUUCGAGAACUCGGGCAAACAAAGAUUCUGUGAAUAUUACAAUGAGAUACGUGAGCUUGUACCCCCUGGGCAACUCCUGGAAUACCGAGUGAGUUCGGGAUGGCGGCCGUUAUGCGAGUAUCUCGGGGAACCAAUACCAGACAGACCAUUUCCACGAUCGAAUGAUGCGGAUACCUUUGUACAGCGAUGCAGAACGCAGAAUCGGAAGCAGAUGAUGAAUGUGCUUUUCAGAGCCUUGGUCGUGGGGGUUCCCGUCGUUGCAACCGCAAUUUCUGCGACUUUUGCUUAUACCCGCUAUUUUCCACGUUUGGCGCAAACCACUCCUUUUUGGACAGCAGUAUCUUGA